GUGUGAAGCAACUGUCGCGCGCGCGAGAGUGUGUCUAGGCACCCUCCCCCGAAGUAUAUUCCUGUCCUGUAAAAGUCGCACACACAUCCUAUAAGUUACAUUAAAAAUAUCAUGGCAUCUUCAAAAAUACCUCCAGCUAUACCACCGCGUAGACACAGUUCGACCAUUUCACUAAAUAAAAACUACACAUCAGAUUCUCAUCCCUGUUCAUCUCCAAUCACAACACGAAGGCAUUCGACCUGUACUGAUGAAAACGCAUACUGUUUAAAUGACGACACUAUAUCUUCGGUCAGUCCUACGAAUACCUCUCCAGCGAUACCCGCCAGACGCAUUCCUGGUCCUCCUCCGGUAGUCACGCCCCGUCCACGACCCCAGUACAAGUUGCCCCCUCCGCCGCGCGCCAGUGAUCCAUCCACGGACCGUCAAACGACCCGGGGGUCCGUCGAAGACCAGCAAAAGGAAUCGCAGCCACCUUCUAAACAACCGCAACAGUCCACUUGUCCGCCCUUGCCGUCGGCGGUAGCACAAUCUCACGCUUCGCCGUCUCAGACUCCUCAACAGCAAUCACAACAGCCUCCUCAGCAACCGCACUUGCGAACCAGACGGUUCAAGGUACCGCCGCCUAUAAAGUGCAUCGCCGACCAGUUAGAUGGCGGCAGUCGAGAAAGCUACGAGAUGAUGGCGCCAAUGACGGCUACAAUGUCGCCCAACAGACAGGACAGUGGCCAUUGGAGUGAUUCGUACAGUGUUAACUCUUCACCGGGUUAUUCAACCAAAAGCAUGGAGACGCCUUUGCUUCACACCAAAAUGAUUCCAUCCCGUUCCAAUAAAAAACGUUUUAUACUAGACCGGUAUGUAGUUUGUGACCAAUGGAAUGGACGAGCGCGGUUCUCUCCAGCGAACAGUGGUCCAAUUAGUUCGAGCAGUACAGAGCUGACUAAGAGCCAUUCAACGCCAGCCAGUUUGCAAGCCGUUGUAGAGUUUGAAGAAAAUUCUCCCAACUCUUUAAGACACCGAGUGAUGGGUACCGAAGCGAUCGACGUGACCGAGGUGUUCAUCCGUUUGCAACGCCGACAAGUGCUUUACAACGCCGCAAUUUUGAUAUUCAUCACGGCCCUGUUGAUUUGUUUUGUACGGGUCGGCAUGCCGGACAGCGGUCUGACGGCUUGGGGUGACGGUAAAACCGCUUCGACCAUAGUGAGAACCAGCGACGGCAACGGCAUCGAGAAAGACGUUCAAACGCCGCCGGUCAAACAGGGCCACGACCCUUUGCGGCUGGUGCCCACGCUGGCCGACCUGCCUCCCAAGAUAAUGGCCGUCACGACUACGCUCUACGACUUUCCAAUGCCAUAUCCCAACAUUAUCGACUACCCUAAAAGCACUUGCCUACCGUCUUUUUGUCAAAACGUCACGUCCACUUUAUCACAGUACCUGCACACUGUCCCCUACAAGAAAGAAUACGACCCCAAAGCAAUGAUAGCCUUGGAGUCCGUAGUCAACGUCCGUUGCUACGAGCUGACGGCCCUGUACUUUUGCGCGUCGUUCGUGUCGAAGGGAUGUGGCAACCGAAGAGUGAAACCUUGUCAAUCGCUUUGUAAAGAAACAAUUCGUAGUUGCGGAUUUUUUUUCAAUAUAUUCGAAGCGUAUUACGACCCUAAACAGUGUUUGCAGCUUCCGAAUGACAUAGAUAAUCCGAACGUCUUCUGUGUCGGCCACCGAGAAGUACAAAACGUAAAAAAAAUGAAACAAAAUGGACAUUGUCUUGAAGGUUUCAAAUGCGAUAAAAGAAGAUGUAUUCCACUGGAUUGGCGGUGUGAUGGCCAUUUUGAUUGCGAAGACCACACCGACGAAAUGAAAUGUUCACAAUGUCCCGAUCAGUUGUUUUGCGGUGCCGGUAAGUGCAUUGCAACCGAACAUAUCUGCAACGGUGUGUCAGAUUGCGAGUGGGGUCAAGACGAACGGAAUUGUGUGAGACUAAAUGGCCAAAUGGGAGAGAAAGGUGAAGGAGUAUUGGAACUUUACACGCCAAACAUAACUUCAUGGCGACCCGCGUGCAUUCAGAGUUGGGAUUCAACGUUGUCGGCUACCAUAAUCUGCAACAUUCUCGGAUACAAGGUAUCGACUAGAAGCAAUCUGGGAUCAAACAACAAGCUUUUGGCUUCUGUCACAUACAACCAAUCUGCUGAGUAUUACGACGAAAACAAGAUGACCGUGUACAGGGAAGUAAGGGACUGUCCCGAUUCGUUUUUGUAUCCGUCGAUAACGUUGACUUGUUCAAACUUUGAGUGCGGAGUCAGGAGACGACCACAGACCAUGUUUCGACAGAAAAGAAUAGUGGGGGGGAAACCAUCACUUCCCGGCGACUGGCCGUUCCUUGCAGCCAUUCUCGGUGGACCUGAUGAGAUAUUCUACUGUGCGGGUGUGUUGAUAUCAGAACAAUGGGUUUUAACUGCGGCUCAUUGUACCGGAAGUCGAAAUACUUUGGACGACUUCUCCGAGUGGACUAUCCAAUUGGGCAUGACUAGGAGACACUCGCACUCGUUUUUCGGGCGCAAGGUAAAAGUGGAAAAAAUAAUCAGGCAUGAAAAAUACAACAAUGGACCCGUUCAACACGAUCAUGAUAUUGCAAUUUUUAAGCUCAGCGAAAGAUUAACAUUUCACGAAUUUUUGCUUCCCGUGUGCUUGCCUAAGCCGAAUAUGGUCUUGAAACCCAAUAUCAGCUGUACAGUUAUUGGUUGGGGAAGAAGAAAUGGUCUAGAAGGCGCCGAUUACGAACCAACGGUAAACGAAGUUCAAGUACCCGUUUUAGACAGAGAUUUGUGCAACACUUGGCUAAAGCAAAAGGACGUGAACAUAACCGAGGGAAUGAUAUGCGCCGGUUACGAGCAAGGCGGAAAAGACGCUUGUCAGGGCGACUCGGGAGGUCCUUUGCUUUGCCCGAUGGACGGACACAAAGACCGGUGGUUCGUAGGCGGCAUCGUCAGCUGGGGCGUAGAGUGUGCGACUCCAAGUCUUCCCGGGGUCUACGUCAACGUGCCCAUGUACACACAAUGGAUUACCGACCACAUUCAAGAAGAUGUCACUAUCAACGGUGCAGAUAUUGAACACAAUCGAAGCACAGAAUAUUGAGUACCUCUACCUAAUGCCGGUGGAACCGUAGAUAAAAAUCUCCAUCAACCCCGUUAAUUUCCAAACAUAUAUCCAUCGAGAUACCCGGGCGCAUAUCAUUGUUUAGCAAUUGUGAUAUUCCGAAAACGACUCCUGAAUUGCUUUGGCCUUUCAUUAAUUUUAACCUUUGCAACGAACGAACACGUGUUGAUCGUUCUAGUCACAAAAACCCUGUUUCGGCUUACAAAUUGGAUGCUGUUUGAUGAGUUCUAUAGUGUCACCACGAGUGGUAGCUUUUUCUUUUAUGUUCAAUAACCGGAGGUGUUGUUUUUUUAUUCGGUUAAAAUAUCAAAAGGUAUAAAAUAUAAAAAUCGUACAAAACACAAGCAAAUGCGUUGCGCUUGAAUGUUAGUUGUAUGAAACAAUAAUAAUAUUUAAGUAACGAUAUUUUAAAAUGACGCAGUUGCGCCAAAAGAGAUGUACAAUCAUAUAGUCCAUCCGUCCAUUUAUAUAUAUAUAUAUAUAUAUAUAUAUACAUAUACAUUUAAACUGAUUACCCAAUAGGUACUAUUUGUUUAACAAAGUAUAAAAAAAAAUUAAAAACACCGACACAUCAAUAAUUUAUUCAUAAAUUCAGGUAAUACAAGUUUUUAAUGUGAAUUAUUAAAAUUAAAGAAACACUUUAUAAAAAUACAUUUAUUUUUGAGAAAAUAACAUUAUUUUCUAAUAAUUUUCGAAUAAAACACUAGUUAAAAAGUUUACUUUUAAGUGGAAACUUUAAAAAAAAGUUAUACGCCAAUAUUUCAUAUUUACUAAUUGAAAAGCUUCAAUUUUACCAGUACACAAGCCUAAACUUGUAUUAUUGAACGAAAAAUGUCAUUUUUUGUUUAACACCUAUAAGAUAAUUAAUUUAUCUUUUGUACCGUACAAGUUGUACGUUAGUUGAAAAUAUUGCUUCCAUAUAGUUUGAUCAUUUUUGCUCAUUAGUAGUAAUAUUUUAGGAUCUUAAUGAUGGAUCAGCACUACUAAUGAAAGGCAACAGAGUGUAAUAUACAAGCGAUAUACAAUCUAAUUGUAAGCAGUCAGAUUUAUUGAAAACGUUUUUUGAUCAGCGAUCGGAUCGCGACACUCCCAAUAACGCCAUGUUGGUAUUUUAUAGACAAUAAAUCAAAUGCUUAUAAGACAAUAAAGUGAGAUUUUUUACAAAGAUUUUUAAUGAAAUAAAACAAAUAUAUAAAACGUAGCGACUUCUGUUAACAAAUAAAGUUAACAAAAUUAAAAUAUGCUUAGGUUAUUUUUGUAAAAUACACCUUACGUGUUUAAAAUUUUAAAUAUUCUAUGCCAAGUGUACUUUAUAGUUAAACAAAAAUAUAAGUUUUGUUUGGUGAGAUACUUUUGCGAGGUGAAAGUAUAUAAUAUUUUUUAAGUUCGGCUUUAUAGUUUUGUUGAUUUCAUAAUAUUUGACAGAUAUGUGGUUCAAUGUGGUCAAUUAGCCCAUAAACCUCAUUUCUUUCCCUCUUGCCAAAUUUCUAUCCGUCACUAUUUUAUUUAUUUACUUCAUACAUUUCUAAGUCUCAAUUUAUAACGUCCCGCCAUUAUUUUUUGGUGACCACAAUUUUGAAAACUCCCAAAUCAUCCUAAUUCCUCUUAUUUUUUAUAUUUCUGGGAGCAACUCUUAAACUUCUUAUAUUCAUUUCUAAUUCUUACUAACCUAGUUAGAUACUCUCGCACUUCAUCAUAAGUUUUAUCUACAGUAAACAAGUCUAAUGAACCACAAUCUAAAUGUUGUAUAACAUCCUAAUGUACGUUCGAUCAAAUAUAUAUUAUAUAGACUCAGUUAAUAGGUACAUGUAAUUUGAGUAAAAUAAAUUAGAUUAGUGCCGUUACAUGAUGUAAAUAUUCUCCAAAAAUAUAUUAUAUUAUUGUUUAGCUCAAGCUUUUUACGUGAUUAGCUUUAAAAAUAAUAAGUAAUAUGUGUUAUUACAAUAUACUAGCUAAUUGAUUGUGUUUCGUAUAGUCAAUGUUGUGUAUACAAUUGUAGCGUUGACAUUAUGUUUGUAAAAAAUAUAAAACUAGAAUAUAGUUCUCAGUGUGAUCAGGUAUGAAACUAUAAGUAUUGUUUAAAAGAUCAUAGUUGUAAAAAAUAUAUAUAAUGGAGAUAUGAUUCUCGCGCGUUACCUAUAAGAAUAUUGGAUUAAUAUCUAUUUUUCUAAAAGAUUAUACAUAGUACCAUAUAGUGACUAAAAACUUACCAGUCACUAUAAACACUAUAUCGUAUGACAAUGUUUGGAACAAUGUGAUAUGAACUUAUGAUAUGAAAAUAGUAAAAUAGGCUAGUGUUAUAAAAGUAAACGUAUAAUGUUUAUAAAUAGGUAAUCUCAAAUUUUUUGACUUGUUGCAAAUAAGGUCCUUUUUUCGAAAGAAAGUAUCUGUACCGAUAAAAAUUUUAAGUAUUGUCAAAGCUUUUUAAAAUUGUUCGGUAAUAUAUUGGAUAAUAUACAUUAUAAUAUAUAACUACCAAAAAGUAGAAAGCACUUGUAUAUUUAAUGAAAAUGUUGUAAAACUAGAAAUAGAAUAACAAAUAAAAUUGUCUUUUUUUUUUAAAUACAUUGGACAUAUAACUACAAUGUACCUUACAUGAAAUUAUACAAAUAAAUCUAAUUGCAGAAAAUGUCAUAGUUACCAUAAACAAUAGUGUUCGCCAAAUAUGUAAAUGUUUGUAUACAUACAUUAUUGUCAGCUAUGCGAUUAAGUUAAGUUAUAUUUUCUAUAUAAAAUGAAAACUAUGUUACCAAAAUCAUAGCGCUUAGCCAGUAUAUUUUUAUUUUGAAUAUUCUGAAUUGUCUGUAUUGUAUAAAGUGUUUUAUAUAUACCGUUUAUGUAUCGACGGCUAGUAUAUAAGUAGAAGAAAACCAAUAUAAAUAGGUACAAGUUAUAUUUAUUUUAGCUAUAGUUAACGAAAACAUAGUAUAUUUUCGUCUUCCUUGAAACUAUGCAAAGAGUGACAAAGAAAAUAGUUUUUUAAACAUAUUUUAAUCCUUGUUGAUUUUGAAAAAACAAAUUUUAUGUUCCACAAUUAAACACUAAUAAUAUUUUCCACAAUGUAUACUAUUGGCGGCUUGCUCACUCUACGUUGUCUUCUGCUACUAAAAAUUGUCAAAAUACAUAAAUAAACAUUAGUAUUUUAACCAUGGCCAUUUGUAAAAGGCCAACGA